AGUAUGAUAUAAAUGAUGGAAAAACAGUAUAACAAAAAACUCAAAAACUCCCUUAGUCCACUGAGCCUCGUUAUCGUUCUCUUACAAGUGGCAGCCAACAUGUCACAUAGAAAAUUUUCCGCCCCUCGUCAUGGGUCUUUGGCAUUCUUGCCAAAGAAGAGAAGUGUACGACAUCGGGGAAAAGUGAAGGCCUUUCCAAAGGAUGACCCAUCUAAGCCUGUCCACCUCACUGCUUUUCUUGCUUACAAAGCAGGCAUGACCCACAUCGUGAGAGAUGUGGACAGACCUGGAUCAAAAACCAACAAGAAGGAAGUGGUUGAAGGAGUCACCAUUUUGGAGACUCCCCCAGUUGUUGUGGUUGGAGUGGUAGGCUACAUUGAGACCCCUAGAGGCCUGCGCACUUUCAAAACCAUUUUUGCUGAGCAUCUGAGUGAAGAAUGCCGAAGGCGCUUCUACAAGAACUGGUACAAGGCCAAGAAGAAGGCAUUUACCAAGUAUGCCAAGAAGUGGCAGGAUGAGGAUGGAAAGAAGGCCAUUGAGAAAGACUUUGAGAAGAUGAACAAGUAUUGCAAAGUCAUCCGUGUUAUUGUGCAUACCCAGAUGAAGCUGCUGAAGAAGCGCCAGAAGAAAGCCCACAUUAUGGAGAUCCAGCUGAACGGCGGGAGUAUCUCUGAGAAGAUUGCCUGGGCCAGGGAGCACAUGGAGAAACAAAUUGUGGUCAGUCAGGUGUUCUCCCAGGACGAGAUGAUAGACAUCAUUGGUGUCAGCAAGGGCAAGGGGUACAAAGGUGUUACUUCUCGUUGGCAUUGCAAGAAGCUUCCCCGCAAGACUCACAAGGGUCUGAGGAAAGUGGCUUGUAUUGGAGCCUGGCAUCCUGCCCGUGUUGGCUUCUCUGUGGCCAGAGCUGGUCAGAAGGGAUACCAUCAUCGUACGGAGAUCAACAAGAAGAUCUACCGUAUUGGGCAAGGAAUCCAUACCAAGGAUGGCAAAGUGAUCAAGAACAAUGCCUCCACUGAGUACGACAUCACAGAGAAGUCCAUCACCCCCAUGGGCGGGUUCCCCCACUAUGGGGAGGUCAACAAUGACUACAUGAUGGUCCUUGGAGCCACUGUGGGGCCCAAGAAGAGAGUCCUCACUCUGAGAAAGUCUCUGCUGACGCACACCAAGAGGAAGGCCUUGGAGAAGAUCAGUCUCAAGUUCAUCGAUACCUCCAGCAAGUUUGGCCAUGGCCGCUUCCAGACUCAUGAGGAAAAGAGAAACUUCUUGGGUCCUCUCAAGAAAGAUCGUACAGAUGCUUAGGACAACCAAGAAAACCCUUGAUUUGUGGGAUUUAAUCAAGAGACACUAAAUUUCUUUUCUGCAAAAGA